AUGGACACGGAGGAGUUGGUUGAAUCUAUUAUCCGAGCACUUAUGUUUCUGGCGGGGAUCAUCGGGAACAACUGGUUGGCUAUCAGCUCCAUCCCUUCCAAGAGGUCGGCCAUCUGCACCAACGAUCUUUUGUUCAUCAACUUGGCAGUGUCCAACCUCAUCACCAACUACCUGGUGGACCUUCCCGACACCAUCGCCGACUUUGCUGGUCGCUGGUUCCUAGGCGAGGCCUACUGCGGCGUCUUCCGCUUCUGCGCGGACCUGUCGGAGACCAGCAGCAUCUUCACCACCUUCUUCAUUAGCGCUUUCUGGCACCAGAAGCUGGUGGGCUCCCUGAAACGGGGCGGCGCCCCCGUGAAGAUGGACAACGUGGGCCUGGUGAUGGCCUUGCUGGUCGGCAGCUGGCUCACGGCUUUGGCUUUUAGCGUGCCGCAUUUUUUCUUUGUGAGCGUGGAGGGGACCAACGAGAGCGGGGAAGACUGUAUAGAUGUCUUCCCGGAUGCCAUCUCCAGAAAAACCUACGAGGUGUUCUACCUGACGCUGGCCAACGCCCUUCCCCUUGCCGGGAUGCUCUUCGCCAGCGGUCAGAUCGUGAUGACGUUGCUCAAGAACCAGCAGCGAAUCCGGUGUCGCAACACCGAACUCGGCAAGGAGAAAGCUCACGGAGGAGCCGUCGGGAGAGUUGCCGGGCCGAGCGCCGAAACCGCCAACGGAGCUCCACCCAAGCUGUCCAUGGUGCUGUCGGGGAAGUCCACCACCAGCUCUCAAGUGCGUGCGGCCAAAAGCGUGGUGGCGGUGGCCAGUGUUUUCCUGGUGUGCUGGUUGACUCAUCUGCUGCUUCGCAUCACCAAUAACUUCCACACCUCCUCGCUGGUGGUGGAGGUGGCCAGCUACAUCGCGGCCUCCUACACCUGCAUCAUACCAUACAUAUUCCUGCACGGAGUCAAAAAGCUCACAUGCUCAUGCAAGAGAUAG